UUAUACCGGCUUGGCUUGGUGUUCGGGGCUGUUUCUCGUGUUUGGAGAAAAAGUACUAGAGAAAAAGUCCGCCUUCAUUCUGCAGCGAGUUCUAGUGUAUCAUCAGGCAUCCCUGUGUCACAACUAAGUUCCAGAAGUUGAUCCAGAUAUUGUUGACAUGGCAACAACAGACCGCAGGCAGGGUGUGGAUUGCGUCAGGAGAGGAGCAGCAUGGGGUUCUGCAGACAGUGUUCUCACCUGGCAAGGAGACAGACAUGAGGAGUCUGGGGAGGAGUCCGGUAGGGGAGACAAAAGUGUGAGAGUGUACAGGUGUGAGGAGUGCAGCAAGGAGUUCAGUAAGCUGAGCAAUCUAAAGACUCACAUACGGACUCACACAGGGGAGAAACCGUACAGAUGUGAGGAGUGUAGCAGGCAGUUCAGUGAGCUUUGUGUGCUUAAGAAACACAUACGGACUCACACUGGGGAGAUACCCUACAGGUGUGAGGAGUGUAGCAAGCAGUUCACUGAUCUCAGUAACUUAAAGAAGCACAUGCGCACGCACAAAGGGGAGAAACCCUACAGAUGUGAGGAGUGCAGUACUCAGUUUAGUCAGCUGACUAAUCUGAAGACACACAUGCGUACUCACACAGGGGAGAAACCUUACAGGUGUGAGGACUGCAGCAAGCAGUUCAGUGAUCUCAGUAAUCUGAAGAAGCACAUGCGCACUCACACUGGUGAGAAACCCUACAGAUGUGAGAAGUGUAGCAGGCAGUUCAGUGUUCUGAGUAUUCUGAAGAGACACAUACGGACUCACACAGGGGAGAAACCCUACAGGUGUGAGGAGUGCAGCAGGCAGUUCAGUCGGCUGGAUGAUCUAAAGAAACACAUGCGUACUCACACUGGGGAGAAACCACACAGGUGUGAGGAGUGUAGCAGGCAGUUCAGUCUGUUGGGUAAUCUGAAGACUCACAUGCGCACUCACACCGGAGAGAAACCCUACAGUUGUGAGGAGUGCAGCAGGCAGUUCAAUGCGCUGAGUAGUUUGAAGAGACACAUGCGCACUCACACAGGGGAGAAACCCUACACGUGUGAGGAGUGCCGCAGGCAGUUCAGCCAGCUGACUGAUCUGAAAAAAACACAUGAAGACUCACCCUGGAAAAACUGAAGGUGUAAGUUCUGUGAACUAGGUAGUCUGAAGAGACGUGUACUCUUAUGAAAACUCUAUAUAUGUUCAAAGAAUACAGCAGGGAGUAUGAUAGGGAAGAUAGGAAGAAGCACAUUGCACUCAAACCGAUGACAUACCCUCAAGUGUUAGGAAUUGAGUCAGCUUGGGUACACAGAAGGAACACAUGAACACAUACAGUCAUGACAGACUCACAAGGCAGUAAUCUUACACAAGUAACAGACGACCAGAGCCUUGAGAUAGCAAGCAAGUUUAGUAGGGCUAGUAAUUUCAUAAUUGAUUUGGAGCGAAAAAUGCCUAUGGGUGUAUUGAGUGCAGAAAUCUGUUAAGUCUUGCAGACUAUUACUAUAUGUAUCUUGGUGAGCUUAAAAUCAUGCAAAAAGCUGGAUAUGUAGACACAUACAUUUUGUAAUACAUGUACGCAUAUAUAGUCUACUUGUUGGUAAAGUUAAUUUUUGCUGUUCUUGUUGGUUCAGAUUUGGCACAACAUUUCUUCUGUUAUAUAAGAAAUCUACUCUGUAUUUUAAUCACUGUAGACUUUAUUGGUUAUACUGAUACAGGAUGUGCCAAAUAAUCUAUCUUCACAGUCACAUCCAGAGGCUGUAUUUAGGAGCUUACAAUUGGCUGUUGUUCAAAUUAAUUGAUUGUAAUCUUUUGUAAUACAGUUAAAUGAUAGAAAUGAUAUUUUGUUUGGCAUGUCCACACUAUUUUUUCUAAAGUUCUUUCAUCUGCUUGUUGAACCCUGAUCUUGUUGUUGAUAGUCAUGAAGUAUUGUUAUUUUGUAAAGUUUGCAUAUAUCGUUGAUAUGCUUCCAAAGUAGUAAAAGUACAUUUGUACCAAGUUCAAAGUAGUGAAGUAGAAAUUCAAAGUUCGAUGUAGUAAAAGUUCAAAGUAGGGAAAUUACUUACUUUAAAGUUUAUAGUAGUAAAGUACAAAGUUUAGAUUACAGUAGUGAUUGGUUGGUUGGUUUGAUUG